AGCUGUUCUUUGCAUGAGGUUGUAGCUGUGGAUGUGGUUUCUGUAGUGACGGAGCCGACUCUGGCGAUCUAUUGGCUGCUAGCUUUGUAAAUUUCAUUCAGUUUGGUCCAAUGGCAGAGGGAGAGCCCUGGAGACAGCAGGACCUCUCUCCUCAAUCUCUCUUUUCUUGCAGAACCUUCUCUCUCCCGUCUCUGUCUCUUAGCACAGAGCUCUUAUUCAGCCACUAGCUCAGCCCUUCCUGCUUCAAUUGUAAUGCUUGUUCUGCCUGGUCACAGACUAUUGACGGCAGAAACAACGAAUUUCCUCCAAACUCGGCGGUGUUGGUGGCUCUUGCAUUCCUCUGGAUGAGCGAAUCUUGUUGGGGGUUCCAGAAGGGAAAGGCGCCUGGGCUUUCAAUACAUCCUCCUGAAUCAUACCUCGUUUCGUGUUCCCUAGAAAAAUCUGAUGUGUAAAAAGAACUCUUAAAGGCAGAUGCAGCUCUUCCACAGCUAAGGCUGCGUUGGAGUUUUCAUAAAGAAUUGUCCCUGGAGGUGCUGGAUGGUCACAGCUUCCUUGGAGCAUUGCACCUGCUGGAAUCCAGUUUCAGGAUUAAGGGAGGACUGCCUCUGGUGACAGGCUGCCAGGAAAGUGCUGUGCUUGUUCUUAACCUCGGGCUCUGUCUAUGAUCAAUCUGAGACUCUCUCCCAGGUCUUCUGCUCCCUGGAAAGGCCUCUCUCUCUGCAGGCUCGCCUCUGGACUUUGUCUCUUUGGAGCCACAUCACUGGGACACCUUCGGAUGUGGAUGAGGAUUUGAACCAUGUCGCGGCCCCAGGGACUGCUAUGGCUUCCUUUGUUAUUCACCCCGGUCUGCGUCGUGUUAAACUCCAAUGUCCUCCUGUGGAUAACUGCUCUUGCCAUCAAGUUCACUCUCAUCGACAGCCAAGCACAGUAUCCAGUUGUGAACACAAACUAUGGCAAAGUACGAGGCCUAAGAACACCGUUACCCAAUGAGAUCUUGGGUCCAGUGGAGCAGUACUUAGGGGUCCCCUAUGCCUCACCCCCCACUGGAGAGAGGAGGUUUCAGCCCCCAGAGCCCCCAUCCUCCUGGACUGGCAUCCGAAAUGCAACCCAAUUUGCUGCUGUGUGCCCCCAGCACCUGGAUGAGAGAUCUUUACUGCAUGACAUGCUGCCCAUCUGGUUUACGGCCAACUUGGAUACACUGAUGACCUAUGUUCAAGAUCAAAAUGAAGACUGCCUUUACUUAAACAUCUAUGUGCCCACAGAAGAUGGAGCCAACACAAAGAAAAACGCAGAUGAUAUAACCAGUAAUGACCGUGGUGAAGAUGAAGAUAUUCAUGAUCAGAACAGUAAGAAGCCGGUUAUGGUCUAUAUCCAUGGGGGAUCUUACAUGGAGGGCACCGGCAACAUGAUUGACGGCAGCAUUUUGGCAAGCUAUGGGAACGUCAUUGUGAUCACCAUUAACUACCGCCUGGGAAUACUAGGGUUUUUAAGUACCGGUGACCAAGCAGCAAAAGGCAACUAUGGGCUCCUGGAUCAGAUUCAAGCACUGCGCUGGAUUGAGGAGAAUGUGGGAGCCUUCGGUGGGGACCCCAAGCGCGUGACCAUCUUUGGCUCGGGGGCUGGGGCCUCCUGUGUCAGCCUGUUGACCCUAUCCCACUACUCAGAAGGUCUCUUCCAGAAGGCCAUCAUUCAGAGUGGCACUGCCCUGUCCAGCUGGGCAGUGAACUACCAGCCGGCCAAGUACACUCGGAUAUUGGCAGACAAGGUCGGCUGCAACAUGCUGGACACCACGGACAUGGUAGAAUGCCUUCGGAACAAGAACUACAAGGAGCUCAUCCAGCAGACCAUCACCCCAGCCACCUACCACAUAGCCUUUGGGCCCGUGAUUGACGGCGACGUGAUCCCAGACGACCCCCAGAUCCUGAUGGAGCAAGGCGAGUUCCUCAACUACGACAUCAUGCUGGGUGUCAACCAAGGAGAAGGCUUGAAGUUCGUGGACGGCAUCGUGGACAAUGAGGACGGUGUGACGCCCAAUGACUUUGACUUCUCCGUGUCCAACUUCGUGGACAACCUUUACGGCUACCCUGAAGGGAAAGACACUUUGCGGGAGACUAUCAAGUUCAUGUACACAGACUGGGCCGAUAAGGAAAACCCGGAGACGCGGCGGAAGACUCUGGUGGCUCUCUUUACUGACCACCAGUGGGUGGCCCCCGCUGUGGCCACCGCCGACCUGCACGCGCAGUAUGGCUCCCCGACCUAUUUCUAUGCCUUCUAUCAUCACUGCCAAAGCGAAAUGAAGCCCAGCUGGGCAGACUCGGCCCAUGGCGACGAGGUCCCCUAUGUCUUCGGCGUCCCCAUGAUCGGCCCAACCGAGCUCUUCAGUUGUAACUUCUCUAAGAACGACGUCAUGCUCAGCGCCGUGGUCAUGACCUACUGGACGAACUUCGCCAAAACUGGUGAUCCAAAUCAACCAGUUCCACAGGAUACCAAGUUCAUUCACACGAAACCCAACCGCUUUGAGGAAGUGGCCUGGUCCAAAUAUAAUCCCAAAGACCAGCUCUAUCUGCAUAUUGGGUUGAAACCCAGAGUGAGAGAUCAUUACCGGGCAACGAAAGUGGCUUUCUGGUUGGAACUCGUUCCUCAUUUGCACAACUUGAACGAGAUAUUCCAGUAUGUUUCAACAACCACAAAGGUCCCUCCUCCAGACAUGACCUCAUUUCCCUAUGGUACCCGGCGAUCUCCCGCCAAGAUAUGGCCGACCACCAAACGCCCAGCUAUCACUCCUGCCAACAAUCCCAAGCACUCUAAGGACCCUCACAAAACGGGGCCCGAGGACACAACUGUCCUCAUUGAAACCAAACGGGAUUAUUCCACCGAAUUAAGCGUCACCAUUGCCGUCGGGGCGUCGCUCCUCUUCCUCAACAUUUUGGCCUUCGCAGCGCUGUACUACAAAAAGGACAAGAGGCGCCAUGAGACUCACAGGCGCCCCAGUCCCCAGAGAAACACCACAAAUGAUAUCGCUCACAUCCAGAAUGAAGAGAUGAUGUCUCUGCAGAUGAAGCAGCUGGAGCAUGAUCACGAGUGUGAGUCGCUGCAGGCGCACGACACACUGAGGCUCACCUGCCCACCAGACUACACCCUCACGCUGCGCCGGUCGCCAGAUGACAUCCCGCUGAUGACGCCAAACACCAUCACCAUGAUUCCAAACACACUGACCGGGAUGCAGCCUUUGCACACCUUCAACACCUUCAGCGGAGGGCAGAACAGUACCAACUUACCCCACGGACAUUCCACCACUAGAGUAUAGCUUUGCGGCAUUCCCCUCCUUUCCCUCUGCCCCUCCAGCCCAGCAACACACAGCAGAUAAAGAAACAGAGAAAGAAAGUCUCCAAAUCACGAAUAUUGUUUUCCCGCUGACUUAAGACAAAAAUGCAAAAAAGUAGUCAUCCCGUCGUCCCGGUGCACCCUUCUCAUUGGCGUUUUCCAGUAUUACGAGAUCAACUUCUGACCCUAUGAAAUGUGAAAAGUGUACGUUUCUGUUACAAUACUGCUUUAAGAUCUUGGCCACUCCACCCGAUGUUUCGAUGUUUCGUGUGACUAGGACAUCACGAUUUCAAGGACCUGGGUGUUUCCAACUUCACGGAAGCAGCUUACACUUCCGGAACUCAGCCAGGGACACUUAAUAUUUUUUAAUUACAAUGGAAAUUUAAACAUUUCUUUCUGGGCCACACAAUGGAUGGCUCUCCUUAAGGGAAGAAAGAGUCUAUGGGUUUUUGCCCAGCACGCGAAGCUGUAAUCCAGAGAGAAGGAAACGUAGAAAUUUAUUGUCAAAAUAAAAGAAUUGACUAUGCAGCGAAAUCUGUACGGUUCUGUGCAAAGAGGUGUUUUGCCAGCCUGAACUAUAUUUAAGAAACUUUGUAAAAAAUAAAAAUGUAUAUAGCUGUGAGUUUAAACAAAAAACACACGCAGACAAACAAGACAAAAAGCUUUUAUUGGUGUUUUCAGUUUGAAAGAGCUUUUAGCAAGGUUGUGCUUUUCAUUGUGCUCUGUAUGUAUAUAAAUAUAUAUAUAUAUAUAUACACAUUAGUCCUAUCACCUCUGUUUCCUCCCCAACAAAAGAGGCUUUUCUUCUUAAUUACUUGUGGUAAACAAAGACAUGGGAUUUUCUUAUAUGAGAUUUUCAUUUGUAGGAGGAUGUGAUGUCAUACAGAAGACCCAGAGGUCUGUGUGGCCUAUUUCCCCCGUCAGGUUGCACAGGUGCAUGCAAGAGCAUCCUUAGGAGACCACUGUUUUGAAAAACUUUGAUUUGUAUAUGUUAGCCUUCAUGAAAUUGCAACACAGAGAUCGGUCCCCGAAGUGGAGUGUAUUUACAGCCUCUUGAAUUAGAGACAUGCACACACAAAGAAAUGAGUAGGGGAAAAAAAUACAAAUCCCGUUCUGUAGCUCUGGCCCUUUGAAUAUGUUUAGGAAGAGUUGCUUCCCAUUUCAGGGCCCUGCCAAAAAAAGAAGAAAGCUUGCCUUUGGUGGGGCUAUGCCCCUUGGAGUAAAUACGGCUCUGUGUUCCCUAGCAGCUGCGGGAGGGUUUGGCCGAUGAAGUACCUGCUCAGCUUAACUAAUAAGAUUGAAGGAAGACAUGUGUCUUUCCUUUUUGUUUAAGCACUUGGUCCCUUAUUUAUCAGUAAGCAAGUUUUAAAAAAUCUUUCAUAUAAUUUAUGGGACAAAACAUAUGUUUGUCUGAAAAUAUCACUUUUUGUGGAUGUGUGAUUCUGGUCACCAAACAAUGACUAUUAUAGAAGAAUGGGAGGAAAAGGAUAGAACAUUAAAACUGCUUUGCAUGGGUUUUCCGGGAAAUUAGGAUAACUUCACUGACAAGACAUUGAAUGGAAAUUUUUCACCCAUUUUAAAUUGGUGACCUGGAGAUCAGUGAUUUGUCUUUCCGACAGCUUGUCAUUUUCUCAUUUCACUUCUCAUUUUCAGAAAAGUUUUGAGUAUUAUAAGGUAGAAGGAAACAUGGUAGCAAUGGCUACUUUAUAUUUUGUCUUUCAAAAAUUACUGCAUUACCAAGAAAGAGUAGCCAAAAAUAUUUGAAGAUCAUGCCCCUGGGCUCCAUUGUGAGUUAUUCUAGAAAUCCAGUCUUAAAUGUCUCUACAACAAAGUGGACAUCCCCCAUAAAGUCGCCCAGCUGCCUGGCUCUUUUGCAAUAACUAACCUUUGAUUACUGAAUCCCUACACUCGAACUAUAGGGAUAUAUCACUGUUUGAGAGUGACCUCUAGAAAAAAGAAGAGCGUUUUUUAGAAAUGCAUAAAAAUCACCCCCAAAUCCUGUUGCUUGUCUUGGGUUAAAUUUGAGAGUGAUUCUCUGUGUAUAAAUAGGUGAAAUAUUAUGAUCUCAGCUUAGCACAUAUGAAGCAACAUUUCCUUCCUACAGAGAGGUGAUGUGGUAAGAUUUCAUUCCCAAUUCAUUGUUUCAUAGAGCUACGAUCAGGUCAUUUCUGCAAGCAGUGUAUGACCCCACCUAAGCAACCACAAAUAGGCUCUCCGUGACACUACAAAGGAAGUGAUGUGUGGCAUCCAUGUUGGUUUCGUCUGUUUGUAAUGUGAAUUCCAGUAUUUGUUUAGUAUUUCCAGUUGUCUCCUGCUAGCAAUAUGUACAGUUACGCGUCAGGCUUGUGACAUUUGAAUAAGGAAUACAAGAGUUCCUGUUAAGUGAAUAACUUUAGCUUUUACAGGGGAUUAUGAUCAAAAGUGAUUUAGUACAUCUUAAAUGAUAUCUUAUUUCUACAUGGAAAGAAGUUAUAGAAUCUUCAUAGAGUUCUAUGAGAAAAAAAUAUACUUGCUAUCUAUAAAAAAGAGAAAAAAGAAAAAAAAUGCGAAAAAAAGUAAGUAAAAAAAAUCCUUUCCUAGGCUUUUAUUCUUGAUCUUCAAAGGCACGCAGGGUUUAAUGGUUCCUUGGGUUAUUAUUUUGGAAUUUUGUUUUUUAUUUUGCCUUAAGUAAUAUUAGAAGAUAUAUAUGGCCGGACACAUAUGUAUAAACUUUUCAGCAGCAUUUUUAAUAAUAAAAUAUCAGUAUUUUCUAA